AUGGAUGUAGGUUACGGGGAGCCGCCGCAGCGAGUCGUGGAGGUGGCAAGGGGUGAAGGUGCGAACGCCAGUGGUCGUAUGGAGGCGAGUAGUAACGGCGGUGGAUGGAGUCGAUGCGACGCAGGGGAGGUCAGCGGCGAGGCGACGCGGCAGCUUUCGGAGGCUAGUCGACGUGCGGUGGACGACGGCAAGACGAUGCGUCGGCUGACAGAUGCAAUAGCAGACGAAGGCAACGCGGCUAACAGAGGCUAUGCGACGCGGCGACAGACGGGCUGUUUGGCAGACGGAGGUGAAGCAACGGAAUGGCGGACGGAGAUGACAUAA